CGGACCAAGAUAAGGAGAGCCGAAGCGGCUCAAGCAGGUGAGACCAAGCCGGUAACCAACCGGCUCUGUGGUCCGCCUAUAUUCUCUUACAUAAAGUUGAUCGAACUUGACCUAUGUGGUACUAGGUCCUUUCGCCCCCCCUUUCCUGAUAAACCCCGUGGAGCAGGGUAACGUACUAUCCUCUCUUCGCGGGGAUACAUGCAUAUCAACUGGUCACCGGGUUUCAUAUUGGUGUCCUUGAUUGCAAGGUUAAUACGUCAAAGCGAUCGCUGACGUGGUUAUCAUUUCUGAUGCUUGCCGCGAUCUGUUUGCUCUCUCUUAUACAUAUAUCUCUUUGUUCCAGUUUGGUCGUCCGACAUUGGCAUGUCUCUGAGACAUCAAACUUUCUUUCACUUUCUGCUUGCGCUGGUCUAGUAUUGCUAAGCCUCGCAGAAAAUCAAACUGGCCAGCUUAUAUCGGAUUUGUUGUCGACCUAUGUUUCCGUUGCCAGCACCGGGUCGUGUCAGGAAGGGCAAUUAGAAGAUCAAAAACUCUGUGAUAAGUCGAUCGCUUCUGUCUUAUUUUCUACCGGUACAAAUACAGGACAAUCGUAAACAUGGGUUCAAAUAUUCAGGAAGAUCCUUACACGCUACCCGACGCCACAGCUCCUUCGCUCGUUCUCACCCACCCAACCGAGGAUGAGAAGCGCCGGACUUGGACUCUCAACCACAGAGAAUGGGGUGGCGCCUUGAGUCUAGAAGAUUACCUCAAGCGAGAGCCGUACCUAACGACUAUUCCGUUAACUCGUGAUGGCGGUAUGACCCAUUGGGUCCUCACAGACUCAUCUUGGCCAGCGGAAAGUGGAGAGAAUCGACCAAUUCUUGCUUCCUGCGAGUCCAUAAGCAAGCGUAUACUAGUCGCCUCUCCCGGCGAUACGGCAGUACGCGAUGGCGUUGGACACGGCGUCGGGUCCGUUUUCACAUAUCCGGAGCACCGAGGGAAUCGAUACGCGGGACGUAUGCUGAACGAAUUGGGAACCGCUCUCCGGACAUGGCAGUGCGAAAAGAAAGGCAGCGCAGACGUUGUAUGUUCCGCUCUCUGGUCGGAUAUCGGAAAGACGUACUAUGCCAAGAAAGGAUGGGCCGUUUUCCCCAGUCUGCAUAUCGAGUUCCCCGUACCCGCCAACCAGACUCAAGGGAGUGUAGAAAUAGGAAAGGGGAAGGGAAAGGUUUCGCCCAUCACGUACGAGAACCUAGGCCAACUCUGCGAGACGGACGAGAAGCUCGUGCGCGAACAAGUGCUGCGCAAGGCACGGGAGACCAACCGGACGUGCGUGGCUUUCGCACCUGAUCACGAUACUAUGCGGUGGCAUCUGUAUAGGGACGACUUCAUCGCAUCCAUUCUGUUCAAAUCAUCUCCUGGGCCCACCAGCGUGCCGUCCUCGAUCAAGGGUGUGAUCGCCGGGACCCAGGAGGGACGUCGCGUGUGGGCGGUCUGGUCCCGUAACUACUACGGUGGCAGUGGUAAACCUACCGAUAACGUAGAGAAGAACACUUUGUAUAUUCUUCGGCUGGUCAUCGAGUCGGAGGCUUCCGAGGGAGAGAAACCGAGCGAGGACGUAGUCGAGGGUUUCACGGCUGUGUUGCGGACGGCCCUCCACGAGGCCGCCAUCUGGAACUUAGGCAAAGUCGACCUGUGGAAUCCCUCGCCUCUAGUAAAGACGUUGAUCGAGCGCAGCGGGGUGCAGCACCGGCCCGUAGAAAGGGAUGUCGACAGUAUACCCAGCAUGAUGUGGUACGGGGACGAAAAAAUCAGCGAGAUCGAGUGGGUUGCGAAUGAGAAAUACUGCUGGUGUUAGAUCUGGAGCAUUGAGGGAAAAGGAGGUCAAGAAUGUAGAAGUAGGCGGGAGUGCAGGUAGAAAGGGAAAACAUACAGCGAUAUUUGCUUAAGAUGGAUGGGGGAUUAUAUCGUCCCCUCAUGGCUGACGGUAUGUCUGGGGCAUCUAGACUGGCUUUAUACGGGCUUCUGGCUGAAGACGGAAAGAUCAUAGCGCUGUAGCAUCGCUUUCUAAAGGGAAUGGCAUUACUAUCAUGGUUGCACGCAUUUAUGGUGUGAUAAAUUCCAAGGUUGUUGAUGAAAUGUUUAUGAAGCGCUCAUGACGGGAGAGCUGCAUGGAGG